AUGGCGGUGAGCACUUCUUCAACUGCCGGCAUUAUUGGUGGCGCGAAUCCCUUGGAGUAUUCGAAGUCGCAGCCGUAUACUUUGUUCAUAUUCCAGACGAUACUCAUUGUGAUCCUAGCUCAGCUAGUUUACCGCCCCUUAUGUCUCAUCAAACAGCCCAAAGUUAUUGCGGAAGUGAUAACUGGUAUUUUGCUUGGACCAAGCGUGAUGGGGCGUAUUCCGAAUUUCACUAAGACGGUGUUUCCAACAGAGUCUAUUCCUGGUUUGACAUUGGUCGCCAAUGUCGGUGUCUGCCUUUUGCUAUUUAUGGUCGGAUGUGAAGUUGAUGUUGUAUUCAUUAAAAAGAAUCUCAAGAUCGCAGUUUCUGUUGGCCUAUUCAAUAUGGCGGUACCCUUUGGCCUCGGGUGUGCCGUCGCUGUCGGUCUCUGGAAUGAAUACAGAGUUCAUGAUGAUAGCUUGCAACCGAUCAAAUUCACAACCUUCAUGGUUUUCAUUGCCGUUGCAACUUGUAUUACUGCAUUUCCUGUGCUUGCACGUAUUAUUACUGAGCUUGGACUGGUCAAGGACCGUGUGGGUGUCUUAGUGCUAGCUGCGGGAAUCACAAACGACUUGGUAGGGUGGAUACUUCUUGCUCUGAGUAUCACAUUGGCAAACUCUACAAAAUCAGAAGUUACAGCAUACAUAUGUCUGGUCACAAUCGGGUGGUGUUUAUUCGUGGUGUACCCGGUUCGUUAUGCUUUGAGAAAGGUACUAUUUUACUUUGACGACAUCUCAAGUGGACCAUCGCAACUGGGCACCACAAUCAUCCUCAUGCUCAUGUUUGCAUCAGCAUUCUUCACAGAUAUAAUUGGUGUUCAUCCCAUUUUUGGAGCAUUCGUCGUGGGAACCAUUGUACCUAGGGAGAACAACUAUGUCAUCAUUUUGACAGAAAAGAUCGAAGAUCUUGUGAAUAUCGUUUUCGUCCCACUCUAUUUUGCACUUGCUGGCCUUAGUGUGAAUCUGGGUUUGCUCAACAGGGGAAUUGACUGGGCAUAUAUCAUAUGCAUAAUUGUGGUAGCAAUGUUCGGUAAAAUUUUUGGAGGAUUUGUGGCUGCUCGUUUCUUCGGACUCUUCAAGAGAGAAAGUCUUAGCGUUGGUGUUCUGAUGUCCUGUAAAGGAAUUGUUGAGAUCGUGGUGCUCAAUACAGGCCUGAAUGCAGGAAUAAUAUCUCAGAAAACAUUUUCGAUGUUCAUUGUUAUGGCAUUGGUGACAACCUUUGUUACAACUCCAUUAACUCUGUUGUGCUAUCCCCAAUCGUAUAGGGACUCAGUGCAACGAAGGCUGGCCGAACAGGAAGAAAGAUCGGCUUCUUCGACAACAAAACCAUCGACUACCAAUGACUAUGAAGAGAUCAUAUUUAGAAGGUUAGUGUUGAAUGCCAACAAUGUUGAAAAUAUAUCCACUGACUUGGUUUUCCUCGAUCACCUGGCUAUUCCAGAGCAUAUUCCUGUCCAUGCUGUGAAUGUUAAGUCGUUAACUGAGCGGACGGCAGAUUUGCUUUACGCUUCGAUGCUGAAGGGGGAACAAACUGAUGAUAGCUUCCAACUGAAUGCAAUUCUCAACAUUCUCAAAAUUUUCAGCGAAUUGAACUCGCUCCAGUUCACAUCUGAGAUCCUGUAUAGUCUGCCACAGGAUUUGUUCAAAACGCUGCUUUACAGCUUAUCAUAUUUCAAGCAUGACCUGCUCAUACUGACAAUGAACUUCAAAGAAUUUCAUAGAAACAUGCCAUUGAUUAGCGAAAUGAGCAGACUUGACAACAAGGACAUCUACAGAUGCUUGUUUGUUAGCAAUAAUCUAGAUAUGACCCUCAAAAGUGAUAUUCAAGGAGCCAUGAUUGAUACUGAAUCCCAAUAUUCGGCCGGUACCUUUUUGAGCCCAAAUUCCUUUGAAAUCCGUACGCUCACACUCACUAUAUCAAAUUCUACUGUUUCGCAUCAAGACCUCAUAGCGCUCAAACUGUUCAGUAUAUUUGUUCAGCACAAAGGAAUUGAGGGCUCACGUAUAGUUGUUCACAAAGACAACGCGAUUCUUGCUACCAUACAAGAGGACGCUACAUUAGCAAAAAACCCUAAGGUCAGUAUAAUCACUGGGGAAUUUGAUCACGAGCUUAAGGAUGAACACAUCAGCAAAUCAGCGAAUGAUCUGUCGAUUAUUAUUUAUCAAGAAGGAUGUGAAGAGGUGAUGGACCGUUUGUUGGCUGAGAACAACAAAGUUUUGGUUGUGUACUAA